AUGAGCUCGUUGCCCCAUGACCCGAGGCUCACGAAGCUCAGCAGAUGGUGCGUCCCGGACCCCUGGGAUACCUUCGUGGCCGCGGCGUGCUCCUACUUCUGCUUCGGCGGUCCCUUCGUCGUGGCGGGGUGCGCGCUCCUCCCCUUUCUGUUCGUGCUCCCCAUUGUGAUCGCGUGGUGGGUCGUUGCGGAGGGCGCGUGGCUGGUGCACCGGCGGUACCUGCGCCACAGGCACGAGCAGUUCACGCCCGCGCCCGAUAACCCCGCCAGGCGUAAGCAGAUGGAGCGCAUGCUGCUCAUGAAGGACGACGUCAUCCCCGACUUUCGCGAGUUCCUCCGCGAGUGGUUCCGCGGCGCCGACCCGCGGCUCAUCCGACGCGAGAACGUCAAGGAGUUCGUGCGGUACGGCUUCUACGGCGGCGUGGACGGGCCGCUGGGCCAGGCGGAGGAGGAGAUCGAGUGGUGGAUCGGCGAGGUGGAGCACACCUGGGGCAUCGCCUUCGAACCCGGGCGCACGAACGGCCUAAAGUUCAUGGCGCACAUGAGGGAACCGCUCAAGGUUUUCCAUCAACCCCUCGCGUACUACGCGUACUCUCACUGCGCCGAGGCGCUCGCGGGUUUGGUCCUGCGCUUCUGGGGGUUCACCUGGCACAAGUGCGGGGAUACCGGCGUCACCUACUGGCUCAGGCUCGGUCCAAAACCCCUCCCUCGAACGCCGUCUCGGACGCCCAGCCCGGGGAUGACGCCGAGCAACUCGUACGAGGCGUUCCUCAACGACACCGCCAACGGAAUCGACGGCUCGGACGACUCGCUACACGACUCGGGGCCCGAUCCGGACCAGGGCGGAUCCGUCGACAAGGGAAGGCGGGGCGUGCCGUGCGCCGUGUGCGGGGGCGUUGACAACAGGACGCCCAAGUAUCAGGGCGGCUGGAUCAAGCGCACGAUUUUCCGCAGGGGCGGCGGCGGCUGGGGCGAUAACCGAAAGUGCUUCGCGGGGUGCGCGCCCCGACGCGCGCGGCUCAGCGAUGGGACCAAGCUGAUGACGCGGGAGAACGACGCGACGACGCCCACGUGGGCGCCCGCCCCCGCGCCGGCGCCGACGCCGCUCGUGUUCCUCCACGGGCUCGGCAUCGGCCUCCCGCCGUACCUGUGGACGGUGGCGCACGCGCUCCGCGCCCGGCCGGACAGGCCCGUGGCGCUGGUGUGCCUUCCCGAGAUUUCCAUGCGCGCGGUGACCCGGGUGCCGUCGCCGGACGACCUGGUGGACGCGGUGGAGAACCUGUGCAGGAGGCACGCGCUGCAGCGGCCGUGCCUGUUGGGUCACUCGUUUGGGUCGUUUCUGGUGGCUCGCGCGUGCCAGCGGUCAAAGGUGGCCGCCGUCGUGAUGAUCGACCCGGUGUCGUCGUGUCUGAUGCUGCCCGCGGUGGUGUCCCGCGUGAUGUACCAGCUGGACGACAGGUGGCGGGAGUUGAUUGGCCGGGAGAGCGCGGGGAUGGAGGCGGUUGACCCCGAGGCGAAGCGGGCGCUGGGCCUGGCUCGCGGAAGAUCCGGCGGGAUCUUCGACCGGAGGGUUUCCAUCCGCGACAAGGCUGAGCUCGUGACCAGGUACCUGUUCACGCUCGCGAGGGACUGGUUCGUCGUGAAGGAGCUCUCCGCGACGGUGGCGCUGUGCAGACAAUUCUGGUGGUUUCAGGUUUGCGCCUUUGCCGAGGACCUGCCGGAGAAGACGCUCAUGGUGCUUCAGUCUUACGACGCCAUCCUAGACGCGGAGAAGAUCGCGAGGCACGCACUGCACAGGGAGGCUGCCGAGGUCCUGUGGGUGGAGGGUUUCUCGCACGGAGAGAUCCUGGGGCCGCAGGGCUUCGAGGCGAGAAAGCAACUACUGGAGUUUAUCCAGAAUCUCGACGGCAACUGAAUCUCGACGGGAAUUGAGGGGGUCUCUGGAACGGGUUUGGACCUAUAAUACUGUAAUCAAAUGACAAUACUGAA